GACGAGUUUUGCGAUUUUUGUGGGGCAUGACCGCUGUCGCUGUAUUAUUUCCGGGGAAGUUAUUAAAUCGGCGGUCAAAGUGAACGCCGCGGCUGGGAAGUGAGACCGAGGUAUACCGUCCGGGAGUGGGAGAACUGCGAUGUGCAGGAAAAAAAGUGUGUGUGCACCUGUUAAUACGAACGUGACCAGGGUAACUCGACGACGAUGACGGAAGGCGGGCCGAACAUAAGUGACCUGAUGACGAAGAACAAGCAAAGGAACUGGCGGCGUUUGCUCACCGGUGGCUUGAUCAUCGCCGUCGUGCUCGGCUUGGUCGUCACUGCGACGAUUCUUUUAACCGGAAGCCCGGACUCCUCCGGCACGAGGACGCCAGCCGCACCUGGCAUCUCCCUUGAAGAAUGGCUCGCCGGCUCGUUAUCCCCGAAGAGCUUCAACGGCACGUGGAUCAGCGGGAACGAGAUACUGUACCGCGAUGAGGCCGGAGAUCUCGUGAUCUAUAAUGUCACAUCAAAAGAGCCGAGGAUUAUCCUGCACUCCAGUAAUGCGGCACUUUUAUCGAGUUUCGACCAUCAGCUCUCCGCCGACGGGAAGUAUCUUCUGCUGGCCAUCGAUUACCAGAAGCUCUAUCGGCACACGUACCUGGCCCACUACAGGAUCGUGAAUCUGGAAACCUUGGCGGAAACGUCAUUGACGGCGAACGACUCCAUUUCCCUGCAGUUGGCUACCUGGGCGCCACGUGGCAACGCGCUCGUCUACGUGCACCAGAACAACAUCUAUUACAGGCCGGAAGCGGAAGUGGCUGUCGACUAUCAAAUCACCGACACCGGGGUCUUCGGGACCAUUUAUAAUGGAGUGCCGGACUGGGUGUACGAGGAGGAGGUGUUCGGAUCAAACAAGGCUUUAUGGUUCUCGCCGAGCGGUACUAAACUGGCGUUCGGUUACUUCGACGACAGCCGCACGCCGGUCAUAACGAUACCGUUUUACGGCUACCCGGGCAGCCUGACGUUCCAGUACACGUCCGCGAUCUCGAUCCAUUACCCGAAGAGCGGCACAACCAAUCCCACGGUGAAGCUGUUCUACGUCGACUUGGAGAAGGUGGUGCGCGGUAACGGGAGCUUAACUGAAAUCGAACAUCCGGCCGAGUUAUCCUCGACGGAACGGAUUUUAUCUGCCGUCGCUUUUCCCACGGACAAUCUCGUGUACGCGACCUGGAUGAACAGAGUGCAGAACAAGGC